UCCGCUUCACCGAAAGGAAUGGCAUCUCCGAGUCGUUUGGGGAAAGCGGUUUGCGCUAACUGUCGAGAGGAAAUUGGGGAUAAAUACUUGCUCAAGGUGAACGACUUGUGCUGGCAUGUGCGCUGUCUGUCGUGCAGCGUGUGCCAGACUUCGCUUGGCGGGCACACGAGCUGCUAUAUCAAAGAAAAGGAGGUGUUUUGCAAAGUGGAUUAUUUCAGGAGGUACCGGACGUGGUGUGCGUGCUGUGGCCGGAGCAUCCACUCCACGGACUGGGUGCGGCGAGCUAAGGGGAACGUCUACCACCUGGCCUGCUUCGCCUGCUUCUCCUGCAAGAGGCAGCUGUCCACGGGCGAGGAGUUUGCCCUGGUGGAGGAGAAGGUGCUGUGCCGGGUGCAUUACGACUGCAUGCUGGACAACCUCAAGCACGCCGUGGAGAAGGGAAACAUGGUCAGUGUGGAGGGAGCCAUGCCUACAGAACAAGAAGUGAAUCACCCGAAGCCAUCAAAGAGGGCCCGCACGAGCUUCACGGCAAACCAGCUGCAGGUAAUGCAAGCCCAGUUUGCUCAAGACAAUAAUCCAGACGCCCAGACACUCCAGAAGUUAGCAGAACAAACCGGCCUCAGCAGAAGGGUGAUUCAGGUAUGGUUUCAGAACUGCAGGGCACGGCACAAGAAGCACAUCAGUCCGUCUCACCCUUCGUCGUCGUCCUCCUCCUCUUCCUCCUCGUCUGUGCCUCCCCUCUCCUCCCUGCAGCCUUUUCGCCUCCCCCAGACCGUGGUGGAGGAGCUGCAGUACUCGGCCUACGAGCCCGAGGGCUCCAUGCUCUCCGCACUGCACUCUUACAUCGACAUCCAUUCGCCAUCUUCCGUGAUGUACCAGUCACUGUUAACACAUCCAGGAAUGCCGCUUCCAGUCACUCAUGCCUGA